AUGUCAUUUGACCGUUUGAUUCGUUUUGUGGAUGAGGAAGGCAGGACAUCGUACGGCGACUUGGACAAGCCCCUGGCGGCCAAGGAGAUAAUCGGGACCCAGGUCACUGUUGUGGUUGGAACCUUACAGCACGGUUUUACUAAGACAAACGAGAAACGCACAGUCAAAGAGGUCAGGAGUGCACUUUCACCAAUUGAGGUUGUGGGAGCACCUUCCGUACUGUGUGCUGGUCUUAACUACAAGCUCCACUCCAAUGAGACAAACGUACGAGUUGUUUUCACCGGUAAUUUCGAGAUUGAAAGCAUCACUGACACGUCUAGACAGUUUGUCAUCCCGACCAAGCCCGUCAUCUUCAUGACGCCAGCUGAAAGGCUCACCGGUCCCCUCGAUGACAUUAUCGCCCACGAUGAUGCGCAACCGAUGUUGGAUUACGAAGGCGAGCUAGUCUUCGUGUUGUCUAAAGAUGCAAAGGAUGUCAAGGAAGAGGACGCUCUCAAUUAUGUUUUAGGGUACACUGUCGGCAACGACGUUUCUGCGAGAAGUCUAGUCCCAGUGGAGAUCUCGGGAAACCAGAUGGGCCAUUCCAAGUCGUUUGAUACCUUCGGCCCGAUCGGCCCUUGUAUCACUUCUACAAAGCUGAUUCCCGACCCCCAAGCACUCCAUCUGGUAACCACAGUCAACGGAGAAAAGAGGCAGGAUACUAAGACAGGGGAGAUGAUCUUUAGCGUCAAGCAGCUGAUUGCUUACGCGUCGAAGAACCGCACUCUCAAACAAGGGACAGUUGUCAUGACUGGCACACCCAAUGGCGUUGGCUGGUUUUCAAACGGUUUGCUGGGUCACGGGGACGUAGUUGACGUUGAAAUCAGCGGAAUCGGAUCCAUUUCCAACAAGGUCGUGUUCAAAUAG